AUGGCUGUUCCACCUGCAUAUGCUGAUCUGGGCAAAUCUGCCAGGGAUAUUUUCACCAAAGGAUACGGUUUUGGGUUAAUAAAACUCGAUUUGAAAACAAAAUCUGAAAACGGACUGGAGUUUACAAGCUCAGGUUCAGCAAACACAGAAACGAGUAAAGUUAGUGGUAGUUUGGAAACAAAAUACAAAUGGGUGGAAUAUGGAUUGAUGUUCACGGAAAAGUGGAACACCGACAACACACUAGGCACUGAGAUCACUCUUGAAGAUCAGCUCGCACGUGGCCUGAAGCUGACCUUUGACUCCACCUUCUCUCCUAACACUGGGAAAAAGAGUGCUAAAGUUAAGUCGGGGUACAAAAGAGAACACAUCAACAUCGGCUGCGACAUGGAUUUUGAUAUUGCUGGCCCCUCGAUACGUGGAGCCCUGGUGCUUGGCUACCAGGGGUGGCUGGCAGGUUACCAAAUGACUUUCGAGACAGCCAAGUCCAGAGUAACCCAAAGCAACUUUGCUGUUGGCUACAAGACCGACGAAUUCCAGCUUCAUACGAAUGUGAACGACGGAACGGAAUUCGGUGGCUCCAUUUACCAGAAGGUAAACGACAAACUGGAAACAGCCGUGAAUCUUGCGUGGACGGCUGGUAAUAGCAACACUCGCUUCGGAAUAGCAGCCAAGUAUCAGAUUGACCCAGAUGCCUCUUUUUCUGCUAAAGUGAACAACUCCAGUCUGAUUGGAUUAGGAUACACACAGACUUUAAAGCCAGGUAUCAAACUGACACUGUCGGCUUUGUUGGAUGGCAAGAAUGUCAACGCAGGUGGUCACAAACUUGGUCUAGGCUUGGAAUUUGAAGCAUAAGGAGCGAUUCCACAACUGCAAAUUUGAAAAUACAGCAUAGCUACCUUCAGAAUAUAGUGUACCUUUCGAUGUUUUGUCUGGGAUGCAAGUAUUGCUAAGUAUCAGUCCUGCUAGUCCUGGUUAAAGACAGCUAAGUUUUAAAAUGGUGUUGUUAAAGAAAUGGAGAUAAAAGCAUAAAACCUUUUCCUAAGUUCAGGCGCUUUCUUCUUUUUAAUGUUAUUGCCCAUUGCAUCUGUCAGCUGCUACAUGAUUGGAGGUGGUAGGAAGGUAUUGAUUACCUUUACUAAUGUAUCGAUUACUCGAGGAAUAUGUUAACAUGGUAUAAAAC